UGUGUUUUGCGUGUGUUUUGCUUGUGUUGAUAAAUUCUGAAUAUCAUUAAAUUUCCAUACCAAUUUCCAACAAAAUUGGAAAAUAUACGCACUUUAAAAAUGCAGGAAGAUUUAGAAGUGACGGGGGUAUCGCGCAGCGGCAGAGUCAGAAAAAAGAGUUCGAAGCUGAUGGAUUUUGAGUCUCCAGACGAUAUCGAGACCCGGUUUCGACGACAAACGCCGGUGAAGACGUACUCCAAUGUGAGACAUGACGAGCCUGUUGAGUAUCAGGAGCCACAAAAGGUGGUUGAGGAGUCCGGCACUGUGUCUAGUGAAUCUGAUUAUUAUGAGAAUAACGCGGAUCAGGGUGAAAGUAUGGAGUCAGACAGCUCAGCGUCUGAUGAAGGCUCGGCGCGAACUCCCGCCAACUCUCUGUACAUGAUGGAGAAGAGUAAGAAGAAGCUGGUCAUCAAAGACGGCAGAGUUGUCGGGAGGGCCAAGGCUCAGAGGAAGGAUAAGGGCAAGACUCGCAUCACAGCCUACAUGAUGUGGGCCAAAGAGGCUCGCAACGACUUGCUGCGCAAACACCCUGACAUGGACUUCUCUGCAAUUUCCAAGAGGCUUGGAGAGAUGUGGGCUAAUGUGAACUAUAAUGAGCGAUACUUGUGGAAGCGCAAGGCGAAGCGUUUCGCUAUUCAGAAGGAGCAGAGCAACCAGCCCACCGUCAACAAGAUCAUCUCCAACCCUAGUAUCCGACCCACGCACGCGGGCCCGGGCCGCCCGCCCGCCAACCGCGCGCCGCCCAAGCCUGCGCCCACCACGCCGCCGCAGCAAGCACUCGUCCCGGUGUCGAGCGCCACCCCCGCGGCCAGCAGCGGGGCGGGCAUGUACCGCGUGACGGGCUGCGGGUCGGUGGAGGUGGCGGCGCACCUGCGCCUGCUGGGUGAGAGCCUGGCCAUCAUCGGCGAGCGUCUCAAGGAGCACGAGGGUCAGAUCGCGGUGUCGGGCUCGGUGUCGGUGCUGCUGGACACGCUGCUGUGCUCGCUGGUGCCGCUGCUGUCGGUGACGCGCGCCGUGCCCGCCAUCGCGCCGCCGCAGCGCCUGCUGCAGGACACGCUGCACAACAUCGCCUACAUCAUGCCCGGCCUGUAGGUGCACCGUGUGAUGGACUCCUCGUCCGCACGGUACAGGGGUGAAGGGAUGACUUACGGAUAGCAACACUUCUUACAACUGUCAAGGAUGUCGUUAACCCUAGUGCAUCGGUCACAAGUCCGGGGGACCUGCUCGGAGUUUUUCUCUAUGCCACACGAUGGACCCGGCACGCGCACGGUGAAUCCGUAGAAUGGUGGUAUGGUAAUUCAAACAACACUCCCAAUGGUCGGGCCGGGUGGGGAGUAGCGGUGUCCCGCGCAGUCCUUCCCCCCCGUCGCCUGCAAAUCAACAAACUUGUCAAGCUAUGGUAUUCGUAUUUCUAAGAAUGAAACGAAUUAAUGCGUUUGUUGCACUGCUGUACCGCGCAGGCGAGGACUCGCUUAACAGGGUUAAAUGUAGAAUGCUUUUGAAUAUAUCUAUAUAUAUGUCCUGUUGGUGAAAGGAUUUUCAAAUCAGUAUAGUAGUUUUUGAAUUUAUUCGUUGUGUACAAAAAUACAAAUAUUUCCUCUGUGUAAUUAUAAUUAGUGUAGAAGUGAAGAAGAGAGAAUUCACUUAAAUAGUUUAAAUAUAGAAUCAGCCUUUAAUAUUGCUAUUUUUAUAGUUAUAGUUAACGGAGUAAAGGAAUCCCAUCGUCUAUAACAGAGAUUCAACAACACUCGUUGAGUACAAAGCGCUCAUCUAACUAUGUCUGCCAGUCCAUCGAAGCGGAGUGAGGCAGCGGAGCGGAGUAAUAUUAACCAAUAGGAUUGCACAAAACCUCCGCUCCUCUUAAGAAGUCAGGGACUUGCGCGCUACUUUAAAAAUUCAUAUAAAACCGCGCAGUGGGUAGUGACUUUGCAUUCUGCAUCCACGGCCGUGGCUUCGAUUCCCACAACUGGAAAAUAUUCGUGUGAUGAGCAUGGGCUUUUUCCAGUGUGUGUAUUUAUACAUUAUAUAAGUAUUUAUAUGUAGUAUAUAAAUGUAUAUGAAUAUUAUAAUAUCAACUAUCUUGUACCCAUAACACAAGCUACUCUGUAUGCUUACUUUGGGGCUAGAUAGUGAUGUGUAUUGUUUAAGUAUAUUUAUUCAAAAAAAAUAUAAAACCGGUAAGCGGAGUGGGGAAUCGGAGCGGGGUUAAAUAAAUUAAAAACAUUUAUUUAUUUAACAUAGUCUACAACUCUCCGCAUUAGUCCGUUUCUCGGCUACGCUCCCUCGUUCCGUUCUAGUGGACAGGCAGCCUAAUCAAGAACACACGUCACCCUUAUGUAUAAUCCUUUAGAUAGGAAUAUAUUAUUGCGGCUAUGGCAGAAGUAUAACGGUAGAAUUUCCCCAUACAAGCUACUAUUAAUAAAAAACAUUGUGUGGUUCUAUGAAACCACGAUGCAAGUAUGCCACCAUAUUUGCCUGGGCUGCUAUGCCGAGCCCUUUUCACCUACCUCUACUCGGCUGUAAUUCGACAAGCGACAUUGGAUAGAAUAACGAAAAAAGUUUCACUAAAAUUAAUUGUAACAUUUAUGAUACAUUUGUAAUGCCCGAACUGUAGUUUGCACCAAUAUAGAAUAUUUUUAAGCUAACUAGAAAUAAACCUACUUAGUUGUUUUUUCUCAAUAAAUUAAAUAAUAUGUUUAA